GGUUGAUUUCUCCGCACAAUGAAACACAAAACCUAACCUCUCCUCCGAGUGCCAGCGAAUAGAUGGUGGUGCGGUUUCGUGGGUUCUAUUACACCGAAAAAAAUCGUUCGCAGUGCUCGACAACGGGCGGAUUUUUUUUGAGUGUAAAGUGCGAAUCUCUUGGUACUUAUCUGUGAUUAAAUGAACCUUUGUUGAUCGGAUCAAUUCGUUUUCUAUUUAUCUGCGGGUUCAUCCGAACAGUUAUGUCGUUACGCCUAGAGGAUCGUCGCGAGUGUGCCAAUAAUUUUUACGAUUUUUAGUUGAUAGGCCGCGAUGGAUUCCAGCAAAAAGCACGUCAAACCGAAUCCGGAAGAAAAGGCGAAUCCUUUGUCGGUGUUGUUUUAUUGGUGGUUCCUGCCGUUUUUCAAAUUCGGAUAUUCCAACGAAAUCAAACUAGCGGAUUUGUACAAUGCGACUAAAUCGGAUUUAUCCGGUCCGCUGGGGGACCAAUUGCAAAAGUGCUGGGAGGAAGAGCUGCAGAAGAGCUCGGACACGAAGAAAAAAAAGCCGAGCUUGAAGAGGGCCAUUUUCAAGGCGUAUUACAAACCUUACAGCUUCUCCGGAAUCGUCCUGUUCAUCCAAUUCACCGUAUUAAGGAUGUUGCAACCGUUCGUUUUGGCCGAAUACAUCAAUUACUACAACAAAAUCGCGCCGAAAAAGCCCGCAGAAAUUGGUUGGGCGCUUGCCGUCGGAGUGGUUCUGAUGGCCUUUAUCAACGUGAUAAUAACCCACAGCACGAAUUUGGGAACGCAAAGGAUCGGAAUGAGGGUCCGAAUCGCUAUAUGUUCUUUAAUAUACAGAAAGCUGUUGAAAUUGAGCCACAGCUCUCUGGGCCAAACGGCGGCCGGGCAAUUGGUGAAUUUGCUGUCGAACGACGUCCAAAGGUUCGACAUAGCCGCUCAAUUCGUCCAUUAUCUGUGGAUCACUCCGUUCAACAUCGUCAUCGGCUUCUACGUGAUGUAUAGAAGCGUGGGUACUUGGGGCGCCAUCGCCGGAAUGGGCCUGGCUAGCAUGCAAUCCAUACCAUUGCAAGGCUACUUUUCGAAGUUGCAAGGAGACUUGCGGUACAAAAUCGCCCUGAAAACCGACUACCGCAUCAAAAUAAUGAGCGAAAUUACGUCGGGCAUACAAGUAAUCAAAAUGUACGCUUGGGAGAAACCUUUCGAAAAAGUCGUCGAGCUGGCCAGAAAACUGGAAAUCAACCUUAUAUCGAAAACCUCGUACAUCUACGGCGUAAUGUCGGCCAGCGGAAUAUUCACCGAACGUGUAACGCUCUAUCUCACCAUAAUCGCGUUCGUUUUCUCUGGAAACCGACUCUCCGCCGACGUGGCCUUUUCCCUAGCCCAACUCUUCAACACCAUACAGCUAAUCCUAUCCAUAUAUUUCCCCAGAGCGAUGUCCACGUACGCCGAAGGAGUGGUCUCGAUCCAAAGAAUCGAAUCGUUCCUGCUGAUGGAAGAAAACGAAGGCGUCGCCAACGCCAUCAACGCCACCACGGCGAAUUCGAGCGGCUCGGGAGAGGUGAAGCUGACGCAAGUCAACGCCAGCUGGACCAAGACCUCCAUCGUCCCGACGCUGAUGAGCGUCGAUUUGCACGUGAAGCCGGGCACGCUGUGCUGCGUGGUGGGCCAGGUGGGCGCCGGCAAGAGCAGUCUCCUGCAACUGCUGCUGGGCGAGCUGCCGGUCACCAAAGGGAAGCUGGAGGUGAACGGGAAGGUGUCGUACGCCUGCCAGGAACCGUGGCUGUUCGUUUCGAGCGUGAAAGACAACAUUUUGUUCGGGAAGGAGUAUGAUAAGAGGAGGUAUAAGAAAGUGGUGGAUGUUUGCUGCUUGGAGCAGGACUUCAAGCAGUUUCCCUUCGGUGAUAGGACUUUGGUUGGGGAACGAGGGACUUCGUUGAGCGGGGGUCAAAGGGCUAGGGUUAAUUUAGCCAGAGCGGUUUACGCGGAUGCUGAUAUUUAUCUAUUAGACGAUCCUCUAUCCGCAGUGGACACCAAGGUGGGACGACGCCUUUUCGACCAGUGCAUAGCGAACUAUUUGAAGGACAAAACCAGGAUUUUGGUCACCCACCAACUCCAGUUUAUGAAAGAAGCAGACGUGAUAGUUAUUAUUAAAAAUGGUAAAAUAGAGAAGGUGUCCUCUUUCGACCAGCUUUCGGAAAACGAGAUAAACACGUUACAACAGGAGCGUACUGAUGAAGAUAAAGACAAAGCGAAAAAAGAAGCGACGCCCGUAUUACCGCCGGUAGCGAAAAAACCACCGAUAGAACACUUUCAAUCCAUUUCAUCCUUAUCCAGUUCCAUAAUGGGCAACGAAGAUCCAGAAGAAACCGACGAACUGAUAACUAAAGGAGGCAUAUCCAAUUCAACCUAUUGGGAAUAUUGGAAGUCCGGCUGCGGAGUACCGUUUUUACUACUAACAAUAUUCAUGUUUGUUAUAUCUCAGAUGAUCACUAACGCCUCGGAUUUGUGGCUGAAGAGUUGGACUAACGCCGAAGAACUCAGAUACUCGCUGUGGAUGAACAUAACGAAUAACGAUACGACUCUUUUCCCAUCGACUACAGUUUCUCCUCUAACAAGUACCACCGUUUCUUCGAUAACCAGUUCACCGGUAGACAACGACACAGUAACGACACUCGCUAACGCCGCCCUAUCGGAACUAGAAAAGGAAUACUACGCAGUAGAACCGAAGGAAUAUUUCAUCUGGAUCUACUCCGCUCUUAUAAUCCUAUCGAUAGUUCUACUGACCGUCAGAUCCUUCAUGUACUACAAGGUGUGCAUGACGGCUUCGAAGGUUUUGCACAACAAGAUGUUCAACAACGUCCUCCAGGCUCCGAUGCGUUUCUUCGACACCAAUCCCUCCGGGCGCAUAUUGAACCGGUUCUCCAAGGACAUGGGAGCCGUGGACGAGCUACUGCCGCGUUGCCAACUGGACGCUUUGCAAAUAUUCAUGGUGAUGCUGGGCAUUCUGGUGAUGGUGUUCAUCGUGACGCCGUGGAUGAUAAUUCCGGCGUGCGUCCUCUCUUAUCUAUUCUACUUUUUCCGUAAAGUCUACGUAACCACAGCCCAGUCUAUCAAGCGAUGGGAGGGAAUCACCAGAGCUCCGGUAUUUUCUCACGUGGUGGCAUCGUUGUACGGGUUAUCGACGAUCAGAUCGUCGCAAGCUCAAGCGAUGGUAGCGAGAGAAUUCGACGAGCUUCAGGAUCUACACACCAGCACGUGGUACUUGUUUUUAGUCAGCAGUAACGCGUUCGGGUUUUACUUGGACUGUCUCAGUACUACUUUCCUCGCGUUGGUGACCUUCCAGUUUCUCCUAUUGAACUACGAGAGCGUGUCGAGCGGUAGCGUCGGUUUGAUCAUCUCGCACAGUAUUAUUUUGACCGGAAUGGUCCAGUACGGCGUCAGGCAGAGCGCCGAGAUCGCCAGUAACAUGGUGAGCGUCGAGCGCGUUUUGGACUACACGAAAUUGGAGAAGGAGGGCCCGUUCGAGUCGCUGCCGGCCAAGAAACCGCCCAGAGAUUGGCCCGGCAAAGGGAAAAUCAUCUUCAAAAACACCUAUCUCAGGUACGCCUUGGACCUGCCGCCCGUUCUGAAGAACCUGAACAUCGAAGUCAACUCCGGAGAGAAGAUUGGUAUAGUAGGAAGAACGGGCGCUGGUAAAUCCACUUUGAUCGCUUCUUUGUUCAGACUGGCGCCUAUAGACGGCACGAUUUCUAUAGACAGUAUAGAUACAGCGGAUAUUGGCUUGAACGAUUUAAGACUGAACAUUUCCAUCAUACCGCAGGAACCGAUUCUAUUCUCCGCCCCAUUGAGGUACAAUUUGGACCCCUUCGAGAAGCACAGCGAUGAAGUACUAUGGAAGGCUUUGGAAAACGUGGAACUUAAAGACGCCAUUACGGAUCUCAAUCACCCAGUCAGCGAAGGCGGCUCGAACUUCAGCGCCGGUCAAAGGCAACUCAUCUGCCUCGCCAGAGCUAUAGUCAGAAACAACAAAAUUUUAGUCAUGGACGAGGCCACGGCCAACGUAGACCCACAAACUGACGGGUUGAUUCAACGGACGAUCCGCGAACGGUUCAAAGACUGCACAGUACUCACCAUAGCGCACCGGCUGAACACCAUCAUGGACUCGGACCGGGUGCUGGUGAUGGACGCCGGGCAGGCCGUGGAGUUCGACCAUCCGCACCUGUUGCUGCGCAAUCCGGACGGGUACUUGAGCAAGAUGGUGCGCGAGACGGGGCCCAGCUUGGCGGAGGCGCUCGCCGACGUGGCCCGCGAGGACUACGCUAGAAAAUUCGGGAGCCAGGAUAAGCUGGAGAUAAAGGAGGCGGGCGAGGAGAAGGCGGAGUAGAGUAUUUCUCGGUAGUAUUUCUCGGUGCCUUUUCUUGUAUUAAAAACGGUGAUAAUACAUUAUGCGUAAUGUAGGAUGAUACGUAGGUAUAUAAAAGAUGUUUUUCUUUAUUUUUGUAUGUAGGUGCUAAUAAUGUCGAUGGGAAAAUUCGAUGAGAUAACAGGACGUAAAAGAGAACCAUACGAGUUAUUUUAUAUUAUAUACGUACUUUUAAUAGACAUUAUUUAUUAACCUAUGUUUUGUA